AUGGAGCAAGCAUAUAAUUACACUCAAGAUAUUACUGUAGUUCGUGCCAGAGGACUCAAAAAUAAAGCAGAAGAUAUACAAGAGAAGUCCGGAACACUUAAAACAACUGCUACUGAUCAAUCUACCACUGAACUUAGUACCAUUAAGUCUAAUGAUAUCAAAGGCCAGACUGAAAAAGGUGAACAACUCACUGAUAAAGCCAACCAACUAAAGGGUGCGGCCAACAUACUUUACAGUGCAGCCAACACACUAGCUACUACUCAGGAUAGUAAUCUUACUGCACUUAAAACAGAUGCCCAAAAACUUAGGGAUGCAGCCAAGAAAGAGCCUACCAAUAAUAACGACCUAUACAAGGCUGCAAAUGAACUAGCUACUGGUAGUAUUGGUCUUGAACAAAAGGCCACCAAUGUCAUAGAUAAGUUUGACGAUGUCACCACUAAAUACAAAACACUAAUGGCUGCAGCAACGGGACUCACACUAACUUCAGACCAAAAACAACUCGUCAAAGCUGUUGAUGAUGCCUACAAUCAACUGAAGGGUAUCUAUGAUGGGAUGUUAAACCUUACCAAACUAAAGAAUAACGCCACGGCACUUAAAGAGGCUGCUAAGAGUCUUCCUGCACUUGAAGGUCCAGCCACUCAACUAGAAUCGAAUGUCACAAAUCUACGUGAUGGUACUGGUUCUGGUACUGAUUAUGACAGGGCCCAAACUGUUAAAUCACAGUACGAAAAGGUGGUUACAGAAUUCAACGCACUACCUGAUAAGACUAGUGCUCAGACUCAGUUCUGGGCUCUCAAGGUUAUUGAUGUUGGUAAUAAUGAGAAUGCUGCCAAAGUACUCAAGGCUAAGGCUGGUGCUCCAACAGAUGCUAAUAAACUCCGAAAACUAGCAGAAGCACUCUAUGAAGCAGCAGCCGCACUUCGAGGUGUAGCUGGUAAUGUUGAUGGCGGUGCUGCCCAAGCUCUUGCCAAUGCUGUCGGUGCUGGUGAAUCAGGAGGUUCAUUCCGCGAGAAACUCAAAGAACUUCAUGAAGCUCUACCUGGUGCUGAUCUAACUGAUAAGGCCAAAGCUGUUAAAGAUCAUUACAAAAUAGUCAAAGAGAAAUUCGAAGCAGUUGUGAAACAAAAUACAGCUAAUGAAUAUACCAGUUAUGAAGCUCUGUAUCAAGAAGUUGUGCAGGCAUGGACCGCUUUCGAUAAAGUUUAUAAUGCUGAUCUCCAACAACUUGCCAAAGAUCUUAAAAACCAAGUUGGUACCAAAGAAGGUAGUAAUAUUGGUGAUCAGAAGAUGUGGUAUCACGCCCACCAACUACAUGGCAAAGCCGACACACUAUCCAGGCAAGUAUCUGGUCGACCUGAUCUUACAGGACCUCUAGAAGAUCUCAAGAAUGCCAUCGGAACCAAUGAAGAGGCGUUUGGUACACUCCAACAGAGUCUCAAUGAACUCAAAGGAUCUGCUGCUGUUCAAGAUCUGAAGAGUAAGUCCAUCGACGUAAUCAAUGCCUACACAAAUGUCAAAUAUGCCUUUGUGGAGGUCAAAAAUCUUGAAUCAAAAUACAUUGAUGCUCUUAAAGCUGAUGGUAGUAAUCAACAGCUAUAUACCAAUGUUGGAGAUGAAUUCAAUAACCUUAAGACUAAAUACGAUGGUGCUAUAUCAGGCAAGGAUCCUUAUUUCUGGAAGAAGUGGAUCAUCAAAUAUCAGUCCAUUGUUUGUCAGUGGUUAAAUUUUCUCACCUAUGUACUUCUCUGGAUUGUAUAUGAUUCAGGUACUGGUACUGAUCCAGGACCCAAGGGUUGUGAAGGUCAAGCUACUGCUUCCACUGAGACUCCUCAGACUAUCAAUAGUGUUAAACUAGCGCUGACCCCUGCUAGUAGUGAAAUUACCCAUACAAUAACCAUCAAUCCUGGUGGUACUGAUGGUGAAUUAACCUAUAAAAGUGAUCCUAUAACUCUCGGUAGCGGUAAUGGCACCCUAACCAUAAAUCUUCCUGGUGGUGAAAUAAAACUCAAGGAUCUAACCAUCAAUAGUAAUACUCUGACCAUCAACAAUACUGGUUCUAAGGUAUCUGUUACUAAAGGUGAUGAGAAAAUUAAUCUCCAAUCUGCUAACCUUACUAGCAGCGGCAACCAACUAACAAUCACCAAACAAGAUACUAAUGGUCAAGAUGAAGCAACCAUCACUAGUUCUGAUGGUACAAGUGUUGCUCUAGAUUACAAGAACGGCACUGGUUCUAUAACAAUCGAUGGUAAUGCCAUCAGUGACCUCAGGAAAUACGAACCAAAGUAUUCACCUCAAUACUACGACACUAGUGUUUAUGCUUUCAAGAAAUGGACAGAUUACGAUGCUGGCAAGUUCUAUCUUUUUCUUAGUAUCCUUAUAGUCAUUAAGAUCACUCUCGCAGCCAUCUUCAUUUGUUCACUUCAUUAUAGGGACUCCUCAAUAUCCCUUGCUAUAGUUAAUCAACCUAAGAUGUCUACAUUUCUAUCUAUCUUAUUUUAUAUGUGUCAUGAAAGUCAGUGGGAUCAGGUGACAUUAUUUAUGGUGGCAGUUAGACUAUCACUGCUGUAUCUGUACUUUCCAUUGGUAACAGAACAACUUUAUCAGUAUCUAUAUGGUUCUUUAUAA